AUGAGUUCACAAGCACAGGAUUUACAGCCUGGACAGAAUGAUGGCAAUCUAGGAAGAGGACAGAGGAAGACGAAGCCAACAGCCAAGGGCGAGGCAUAUAGAAACACGCUAUCAAGGAGAGGCAUUGCUCAAGGUGCUACUCCGUCACAGACCCCAGCCCAAGGCACUACUCAGGCUCAAUCUCAGGAUGCGGCGCAAACAGACCGUCGUGUCACCAGGUCUCAAACAAGAGGUAUAGUAAAUAACCCGGACAACGCCACCUCCAACGGCACGGGGAACCGCCACAGGCGAGCUCCGAUAUCAAAGGUCAAAAUUGACGGCUUAAUGACCAAGAUCUACGAAGAGAUACGCUGUGCAGCUAUCAAUAAACUGUCUUCUCGCACGAAUGAAAUCUAUGCUGUAAGGGAGUUCCUGUUCCAAGCUCGGUUGCGUCGCUUCUUCGAUCUUCAGCCAGAGGAUGAACGAGAAAAUCUCCGACGAUGUCUCGAAGAAUACGAUGUGCACCACCCCCGGGGUGGCUCAGUCGCACAGGAUGUAAAAAGGGCACUUGACUUUCCGGAACCGGACAGACUGACAGAGUUCUGCGACGGUCCCAAGCUUCUUCUGUUGACAUUCUGCGCACAUUCUGCGAGCUUUAGAGACGUCAUACGACGCAGCGACGCUGACAGCAGACGUGAGGGUCUGUCUAGAUGGGUCGACAUCUAUCCGGUGAUCGAGUCGUGCAAGUCAAGCCUGGAGCUGUUCGCACGUUGUUUCGAUUUCGACUGGGUAGGCAAUCUGCAGGCCUUUGAGAAGCAUUUCGAUACACUUCUGAGGUACGUCUACAGCGAUGAGCGUGAAAGCCUCGAAGGCAUCAAUCAAUCAAACUUUGGGAUUGGCGAAGGAGAUCUUGCUGAGACUCACCAAAUUCCAGAUGAGGAGGAAAGCUACGUCCAUCACCAUUGGGCAUUGCCCACCGAAGACGAUCAGCCUGCCGUCCGGCCCACAAUCGAAUAUACCGUGACGCGUGACAUGGAGAGGGCCCCUUUCGUGAACGACUUUUACGCCAUCGUCGACCGUCCCAGAAUCCGAAGGAAAGCCAAGAAAGCGAAGUUGCCGGUCACACUCCCACUUGGCUCCAGCCUAACGCUGAAACAACUGGACAUUAUCAGAUCUGUCAUCCUCGAUCCGAGUAACCAUACCUGGCCCCCAGGGGCGUUUUCCAACGUCCUAGAAAGGCCAGACUUUUGCGGCGCUGCCGGCCACAAAUGCAAGGCCUGCGGUGUGGCGGCCCCCGAUCCAGUCGACCAGUCCAAGGCGGAUAACGAAACGGUAGUCAUUGACAGCAACGGCAACGCGGAGCCUGAGCCCGAGCACGCUUCCUCUCCAGGAUACCCUUGCCAAUGUACGUUCAACGAGCUGAUGGAGCUGAGAAACGACAAGAGGGCCGGCUUCACGCACCCGGACUCCCUCCUCAUCGAACUCUUCACAACGAACGACAAAGGCCGGGACAUCCGCUCUCUCCAACGCAUACCCAAAGAUACCUUCAUCGGCGAGUACGUCGGCGAGAUAUACCCGGUGCGGGACGUCGACACCGGGAAGACCAUCACCCGCUAUGGGCAUCCUGAUGGCAACGUCUACCACUUCAGCGUGCCUAUCGGGGCGCCGCCUUCGCCCGGCACCACGGACAACCGGCCCAGCUUUACCGUCGACUCGGCGCACCUGGGCAACUGGACAAGAUUUAUGAACCACCACUGCUAUCCGAACGUGAGCUUCUACACCGUCAAUGUGGGCCAGGUGUGGACCACCGUCAUCCGCACGGUCCGGGAGAUCAAGUUCCGCGAGGAGAUCACGGUGCACUACGGGCCCAAUUACUUCUACUAUCGAGGGUUGGAUUGUCGGUGCGGGCACGCCCGGUGCAAGUUAAAGAACGUGAGUCAGGGAGUGAAGAGUCGGAAGAGGACGCGAUUUGGAGGUGAGGUGUCGGGGAGCGACAGUGCUAGUAUUAGUGCCAGUAGCGAGGAAGAGCAGCGGAAUGGAAUGACAAAGUUUGCAAGGAGGGGGACGAGUACAAAGUCGAAGUCGGCGACGGAUGGGCAGGAUAAGGAGGAUGUGCGGCCCACGGGUAAAGAAAACGGUAAGGGCAAAGGCAAGGCCAGCGGUGGUGGUGGUAGUAGUAAAGGUAAGAGUAAGGGAAAAGGUAAGGCUGCCAAGAAAGGGGGAACGAGGCGUUGA